AUGGGAGGAGUCACCUCAAAAGUAAACGUCGACGUUGUUCAAGAACAGGUGAAAAAAGAUCCAGUGGUAAUGUACACGAAAAACUCUUGUACAUUCUGCAACAAAGCCAAGGAUCUGUUUGCCGAUGUGAGAGUUGCGUAUAAAGAGGUGAAUCUGGACAGUUUGAAAGAGGCUCAACCACAAGAUUACCUUGGAAUUGUGAAUGGACUCGUCUAUACUACGCGACAGACAAGUGUGCCUCAGAUUUUCAUCUGCGGUCGAUUCGUCGGUGGUUUCACAGAACUCGAAGCACUUCGCAACGCUGGUCAUCUUUUCGAAGCGAUCGCUCAAUGCACCGGAGAAAACGCUCCACAAGAAUGA